AUGUCUUUGCAGAUGAGAGUAUUUAUUAUCCUUUUAUCGUGUAUUUCUACCACAGUUGCUUGCUCAUGCUUUCCUCAAUCCGCAAACGAUGUGUUCUGCAGGGCAGACUGGGUUUCACGCGUGAAGAUUAAUUUUUUCUACAAUCCACAUAACGAUGACACAGGAAUGUAUGACGUGAUUUACACCGUGCAUCACAUCUGUAUCUACAAGAAACCAGCCAAUGUUCGCAAAUUAUCUUCAUUUGUUUUCACUCCAUCGAGUGAUGGCCUGUGUGGUUUACGUAUGGAAGUAGGCAGGGAGUACCUCCUAUCAGCAAAUUCCCGAAUUUCCGGUACAAGACGAUCCGAUGGUAAACUGUAUGUUUACCUCUGUGGACAAGUAACCGACGAGGAUUACGGUGGUGUUUCGGAGUGGGCGAAUGUUUCACCAACACUUCGUGGGAAUUUGACAACUUUUCUUUGUUGA